AUGGUCACGUGCAUCACAGGCUGGGUUGAGAACUGAACAUGAAGUCCGGUUGAUCAUCGAAAGGAUGACCCUAACCCUCACCUCCCCAGCUGGCAAGAGCGUCAUCGAUGAUCGAUCGCACAGCGUCGUUGACGCCCGGCAGGCAGCGCUUUAACGAAAUGGACUGAGCACUCGGACUGAAUCCGGGGCAGUCCGGAUGGAGAGCGACAAAAAAUUGGGAAGCCCAACCCGGAAUAUAUAAGAAGCUCGCAACCAGCAAGAUAACCCAUCAUGACGCCCCGACCACUGAUCACGCUCGAAGAGCAUUCCUUCUCCUCGGCUGUCCCCGACACCCUCCGAGAAAGCUACUCAGAGCAGCUCAAACAUGUAGACAACGUGCUGGCCAAGUCAACCGACCUCGGCGAGCUCCGCCGGCAUGACAUGGACGCCGGCUCCGUCACGCUGCAAGUCAUCAGUCACGCUCCCGGACUUGGCGAGCACGACGCCACAGCCUGCCGCGCAGCAAACGACCAGCUCGCUGCUGCCAUCAAAGCCGAGCAGACCCGGUCCAGUAGGCAAGGACAAGCUCAAGGAACAGGUCGCUUCACCGGGUUCGCCGUGGCGCCCAUGCACGACCCUGACGAAGCAGCUGCCAAACUUCGCCGGGCCGUCAGGGAGCUGGGCUUCGUGGGUGCGCUGGUGGACAACCACUGCGGCGGAACCUUCUACGACGGAGCCCGGUAUGAUGUCUGGUGGGCGGCUGCCGAGGAGCUUGAUGUGCCCGUGUAUCUGUAUCCGACCUGGCCCAGUGGCGACAUGCUGCCACGCUACGAGAGCAACUCUAGCCGUGCCGCCGCCGAGAGCAUGGCAUCGAGCGGCAUGGGGUGGCAUACCGAGACUGGGCUGCACGUCCUGCGGCUGUUCGCGUCCGGCUUGUUCGAUAGGCAUCGUGGCUCAAGAUCAUCAUCGGACACAUGGGGGAGACGAUUCCGUUUAUGCUGCAGAGGAUCUAGGCGCUAAGUAGGCGGUGAGCCGAGUUCCAACGCGAUUUUCGAACUGUCUAUGAUGAGAACAUCUGGAUCACCACGAGCGGCGGGUGGAGUCUUGAUCCUCUGCGCUGCAUUCUGGCCAACACCAGGCUUGAUCAUAUCCUGUACAGCGUCGACUAUCCAUUCCAGACCAAUGAGGCUGGACUAGCAUGGAUUCGGGAGCUGGAAAAGAGUGGUCUCGUUGACGAAGAGCAACUGAAUGCCAUUGCAUACGGAAACGCCGAGAAGCUGCUUGGUGCUAGGGUUCCAACAAUGGAGAAAUAAACUAUAGUAGGGGUAAGGGGGAAAGAGGUCACUGCUUAUUGAGUAUCAGCCCCUGUCGAGAGAGAAGGAGAAGAGAGCACAGUUAAAACGUUAAUAAUGAAGCGGGUGGGAAAAACCGAAAGGACGAAGACGGAAAA